UCUCUUCCGUACUGGGGACGAGGGGGGCGUGUCCUGUUCUGACGUCACCUGUCGAGGGUGGAGGAAACUGGCUGUGUUUUCAGAGCAGGAAUCAAAACAAGGCAUGGACACGCCUUCUUGUGCUUCUUCUUCUUCUUCUGGUUCUUCUUCUGCUUCUGCUUCAUGGUGCACCUCGACUGUCAAAAUCAAAAUGGUCAGCGAGACAACGACGACCACCGCGGCGCUCCUGCUCCUGCUGAUGAAGAUGAGGAUGAAGAUCAGCGGUGCUUGAUGUCUACAUAUAUAGACAGAUUUUUAGAGGUGUAGAUUAGAGAUAAAGGCUCGUGUGUGUGUGUGUGCGUGUGUGUGUGUGUGUGUGUGUGUGUCUGUUGCGGUAAUGACGCCGCCGGACGCCUGACGUGAGUGUUUCCUGCGCGUCCGAGACGGAGAGCGAGAAAACGCGCACGCACGCACCACCACCACCAUCAUCAUCAUCAUCAUCAUCAUGCCGAGCCAGAAGAGCAACAAGGGGAAGAGGAGCAAGCGCACUAACAGUAGUGGAGAUGAGCAGGAAAAUGGAGCCUCUGCAGGAGCAGCAGGAGGAGCUGGAGGAGGAGGAGGAGGAGGAGCAGCAGGAGGAGCUGGAGCUGGAGGAGGAGGUGGAGGUGGUGGAAGCGGAAGCGUAGGAGGAGGAAGCUCUGCGUUAGUAGGAGCCACAGCCGCUCCACCGAGCGAUAAACGAGAAGCGGCAUGUGCGACGCCACUCGUGUGCAGUUUGGGCCGUGCCGUCGACCUUGAUAAGGAUGACUACCAGCGGGUCUUGUGCAACAGCGAGCACUGUCCUUAUGGCAACUGGAUGCACCUUCAGUGCUUUUACGAGUGGGAAAGCAGCAUCCUGGUGCAGUUCAACUGCAUCGGCCGCGCGCGUAGCUGGAACGAGAAGCAGUGCCGGCAGAACAUGUGGACCAAGAAGGGCUACGACCUGGCCUUUCGCUUCUGCUCCUGUCGCUGCGGUCAGGGCCACUUGAAGAAAGACACCGACUGGUACCAGGUCAAGCGCAUGCAGGACGAGCGCAAGAAGAAGGUGGUGACUGAGAAAAGUAGCGCUAAGGCCAGCGGAGGUGUGCCAGGUGGAGGAGGCGGAGUGGAGGCUUUAGAGGAUCUAAAGAAAAGCAAGUCGUCCAACAAACUUCCCCACCGCGGCUCCAACCAGGACCUUUCCCGCCGCCAAUCGGUGGAUCGGCAGAACUCUCAAGAAAGGAGCCACCCGGUUACCAGCAUGGGGGCGAGCCUGAUUGUGCGCUCGCCCACCGACUCCCCCGGCCAGUCCCCACCCCUCGGCUUCUCGUUCUUCACGCCUCAAUCCAUCGGCGCCCCGCGCAGUUCGCGGCACCUGGGUGAGUUCCUUAAAAACGCUGUGCACAUGGAAGGCAACAGGAAGCACUUGCUGGUGGGACAUGUGGCCAGUCGGGGAAGUCUUCAAACGGAUCAAGGGGCUGGCGCUUUGUGCCUCCCCCGACUCACUCAGGGCGACGGCACGCCGGUGCAGUUCUUGCGGAGGCUGGACCUCUCCGAGCUGCUGGCGCACAUCCCGCGGCACAAGCUCAACACCUACCACGUGCGCAUGGAGGACGACGCUCAGGCCGGGCAGGGCGAGGACUUGAGGAAGUUCAUCCUCUCUGCGCUCAGCGCGAGCCACCGCAACGUGGUCCAUUGCGCCCUGUGCCACCGCAUGCUGCCCAUCUUUGAGCAGUUCCCGCUGGUGGAUGGAACGCUGUUUCUCAGCCCAUCUCGGCACGACGAGAUCGAGUAUGAUGUCCCGUGUCACUUACAAGGGAGGCUGAUGCACCUGUAUGCCAUCUGCGUGGACUGUCUGGAGGGCGUGCACAAAAUCGUGUGUAUAAAGUGCAAAUCCCGAUGGGACGGAAGCUGGCACCAGUUGGGUACUAUGUAUACCUACGACAUUCUGGCUGCUUCACCUUGCUGUCAGGCCAGACUAAACUGUAAGCACUGUGGGAAGCCUGUAAUCGAUGUGCGAGUGGGGAUGCAGUAUUUCUCUGAGUACAGUAACGUACAGCAGUGUCCUCACUGCGGAAACCUUGACUAUCACUUCGUCAAGCCGUUCUCCUCCUUCAAAGUCCUCGAGGCUUAUUGACAAAAGUUCCCUGUGCAUGCUAGUUUCCUUCACUUUCGUUCUUUCUUUCUUUCUCUUUUUUUCUAGGAAAUUUUACUUUUCAGUCUCUCUUUAAUUUUAAUGUAAUCACAUAGGAUGGAGACAGGAAGUGCUUCAGUAUUACUGACACUCAUCAGACGCUCUCAUCCGCCAUUUACAGACACACGAGCGAGAAUAAAUACUGUGACAAGUGAAUGUAUCUGUAUAUGCCAAAUUCACCCUUUUGUACAAAGAAUAAGAUAAAAAAAAAUAAAACACAUCAAAUCAGUUA